GCGCCGCUGCAUCCAGCCAGCUGCCUGCCCACUGGAGCGGAGGCGGGAUGCUCAUGAGCGCCGAUCGUCGUGAGGGGGCUGUUCCCUCCGCACAUCCGAGCUCGCUCAUUCCGUCCGGAGCAGCGGCAGGGAUGAGAGCUUGGCACCGAGGCGCCAAUGCGACGACACGCUCCUCAGUGAUGGCCUCGGCUGCGCAGUUGUGCCGGUGAUCCUGCCGCUGCACACGGGGAAGAAGCGGCGACGCCUUGACAACCGACCUACCUUUCUCGCCCCCCAAAAAAAGCGGAAAAAACACAAAGAGGGGGGGAAAAGAGGAAACACACCAGCAUAAUCAAAUGCGAACAUGUACAGCGUGGAGGACCUCCUCAUUUCUCAUGGAUAUAAGCUCCCCAAGCAUACCUCCGCCUCCACCACCCCGACCCCGACCCCCGCAUCCCGCUCGUCUUCUUCACCUCCAUCUUACAAUAAACACAAUGCGGGUUCGGGGAGCAGGCCCAGUAGCAGGACACUCAACGGCUACGAACGAGGUUUGAGAGUGACGUACGCAAACAACUGUGGAAGCAGGACUCCUCAAGGGUACCUGGCCGCGACUGGAACUAGCUGCCCCAACAACAACGUCGAACCCAGGGAGAGGAGCCAAUCCAGGCAGGAGGUUGAAAUCCAGGGCCAAGUUGAAACGCCUUCCUUUGGAGAGUCGCUGACGUCAGACAGCGGGUUUUGUGAUGGCAGCAGAGGUCAACAGAUGCAGUCCAAGGAUGUGUCCUUCUGGAGGAGGAGAGGCCAGGACUUUACUGUGCUUCUGGACUAUGCGGACCACAGAGGGGAACAUAACAGACCAGAGGGAAGUCAACAAGCAAGAGGUCAAGAGCCGCCCGCGGAGGAACGUCAGAGAGUAGCCCAGGAGCGGCAACGCUGGGCGGCCCAGGUACAGGCUCGUGCUAAAGAAAGAGAGGCGGCUCUCAAACAGUGGAGGGUGGCCACUGAGAGGAAGUGCCAGAGCCUGGGGACAGACGAGUGGCGUCCAGCUGUCAGUUUUAGUCGCCAGAUGUCGCAGAGUGAGGGUGAACGUUGGGCACAGGAGCAGCAGCGGCUCCACGCCAGGACACCAGAGGGAAUGGUAGUCCACCCCAGGACCAAAGCCAAAUCCCAGUCCAUGCCCAGGAUGCUGCGACCUGAGAGCCUGCAAUAUGUGGACAUGUCCUCGUGCGGUCAGGACUUGUACAGACGGGUUAACGGCCACCCGCUGUCACAACAUGACCUUUACCGGGCGCCCCGCUGGCCGGAGAACGGCAGGCCGGCAAGUGCCAACCAGUUAUCGUUAACGCCAAAACCCCGAUUCACUCGACCCCCUAGACCUCCCUCCUACGAAAUGCACCAGCAGAUCAGGGGAAGCUGUGAGUUGCUGUCUGGGAGAGACUCGGUUAUUUCCCAUAGCAGGGACAGGACUCCUCUUCCCAUCAUACGGACAGGUGAUGCUCCACUAGACUAUUUUGCACAGGAUUCUGGACCUCCAGGAUACAUCCCACCCCCAUCGUACAAAAGAGCCCCUGUGAUUAUAGGAGGGCAUCGGGGAUAUGGUGAGAUUGCAGUUGAUUACAGGUACAGAGGUGGCGUAUACCAGCAGAUCCACGUGGCUCCAGAUGGAUCCCAUUGGAUCACUCGACAUCCAGCGGGUUCUUGGUCUGAGUCAUCCAGAGAGAAGUGCAUUGCAGGCCACAAGCAGCUCCAUCCUGUAUGUACUUCGCAAGAGCAUCCAGGUGGAGGAGUGCAAUAUAUCUCCUUCGACGAUCCCCGCAUACGACACAUUUCAGCUCUCGGCGGUAAUUCUCUGACGGACGCCGACAAGAUACGUCACAUCCGCAACGAACUACCCAGCACCACCACCACGUCGGAGCCCGCAUCCGGCAAAAGUGCCUUUUUGCCCCCGUCGGCGGGGCCUUUUAUCGCUGCCAAACUGGCCAGCGAUGCUAAUCAGACGUCUUCAUGUGACUUUGACAAUGACAAUAAGAGGUGGCACAGCAAUUUGCACAAAGCGACUGUCGAUAACUUCUCAGCAACUGACCAAAAUUGUAACACAUAUUCCAAAAACCAACGUCCUCCUCCAUCGCCAUCUUCCGCCUUUCAGGCCCCAAUAAGAAGAGCAGCAUCUCGCCAGGGGUCCAGUUUAGAUCAGGUCUUCGCAGAAACCAUCACACAAGUCAAGAAAAUUGUCCCAGAAUCAGGGUUGGAGAAUAACAGAAAUACAAAGAGAAGAGUUAGUGAGACCAUCUUCUGCCUUGUGUCUGUUCCCCUUCACACACCAACUAACCUUAACAAAGACGCAUCAGCAGAUCAAAACAACAACGACACAGCACGAAGUCUGACCAUGACCAAUACAGAAACCUUCGCUGUUGGCCUCAAGGAGACCCAUAGCCUGCGGAGCAAGUCCGUCAACGAGAUGCCCAUCAAAGUCCACUACUCACAUUUUCACACCACCAGCACUUCCUCGCUGAGGAAUUACAAGAGGGCUCCUUUAAGGAAGGAGAUCAUAGACGCCUGGGCACUUCAAGCCAAUGACGACAAGCAGAUGUGCUAUUCCGGCUCCUGGCCAGGAAAUCAAUACCGUAACCAGGAAACCCAGACUGGUUCACCCUUGACAGUGGUGAAAAGUCCAGAACCCCAAAGCCCACCCGGAGGACAAGAACCUGUUCAUUCUGCAUCGGACACGACGACUGACAGCGGCGUAGGAACAGAUAACGGUUCCUCUUACGGCUAUCCCAUGGCCGGGCAGAAAAAUCUCCAUCCCUCCAGCAACAGCGCCUUCUCCCGACUCAGCGGCAGCCCAACAUCGCAACCUUCUGAGCAACACAUAUUCUCUCCAUCCAAACGAGAAGAUUCAGGAGACCAGAAGCCAUCGUCUCCAAAGAGGAGCAGUCCUCCCGAGUGUGCUGAACAAGUGGCCUUUGGUCAGUUUCUCCUAAAGCCAGUCAACAGACGGCCAUUCGAUGCCAUCGGUGAGCUGGAGACCAUCAAUAAGGAGAUGGAAGACACAAUCAGCAAGAGGCGGCAUCUCGGUCGCUCGAUCGACGAUUUAGACGGGAUGAACAAAAGAAAUGGCCGCUAUCAUCCGGGAAAGCAUUUUGGAGCGGGUAGAGAAAAACCCGUUCUCAAAAUAAGAUCUAAAUCCUUUCCUUCUGCCAACGAUUUGGAAUCCGUGGCCGCACGACAGGAUUUCUCCAGACCGCAGACCGACGUACCUGAUAAGUUACAAUCCUCACCGCCUCAACAGAGUCAUUCAAAGCAGCUUUACAGGCAGGAUAUUCCCGUCGCGCAGGAGUCAUUGCUAAGGGAUGUCGGGCUGACCGUCUACACCGAGACCCCCGGUGGUCACAGCGAGCAGCGCUCACUCUUGCUUUCAAACCAACUCCACCGCGACGACCAGCUUUCGAGCGAGAGCGGAACAGAUCCAGAGCUUCCAGAUAAAGCGGAGACUGAGUCAGACAAAAUGUCACAAAGCAGGACUGAGCUUACUUUGAGCAGGAAUGAAAUUUGCAAAUUGAGUCAAAGUUCCUUUGUUUUCGAGGAAAACGGGAAUGACUGUGAGUCAACCAUAGCAGACAUGCACCUUGAGAACUUGCUUACUCAAGAGAAAGCCAAUUCGUUACCCGCCGAGGACCUUAGUAGUCUGUACGAAGUCAAAUCUGCAAAGGGAAUACCGGAAAACGAAUCAAUGGAGGAGAGAGCUGCCAGGAUUUUGGGUAUUACCGUUCCGAUGGAGACCUUGGGAAAGUCAGAGAGGAGUGAUGACGCAGAAACUCCUGGAGAUGAGAAACCUCAUCUCGAAGGCGAUGAGAAUGUGAUCAAAGAGCCCGAGCAAGUUGAACAGGGACCGCUGAUUUUACCGGGAACCGAGACGGAAGUGUCAAAGUUAGGGGAAGACCAAAUUGACGACAACAGACAAAAGCACAAUCACAACGAGGAGGACAUCACUCAGUCAACGGUGGUGCUGGACCUGCCCGAAUAUCCGCCGGGUCAUCUUUCACUGUCCCUCCCCAUCACUCCCGAUAGGGUGAGGAAAGGAGAAAAUAAGGGCACCGCCGCACCACAACCUUCCAAAAAAUUCAUCGAAGCCCUGCAAGAUAAGCUAAACAAUGCAUCUGGUGGCGGCAGGUCAACCACGGACCGAAUAGCCCGACUCAAAGAACUCCACUCGGUGUCUCGGAUCAGACGCCUCAGCCUGAAAGCUUCUGAUUCCAGUCGGAAUUGUAAUUCUGAUGCUAGGGAGGAAAACUCAGUUCAGGGAGAGCCAAAGCUUGAGGAUGAGGAGAAACGGAAAGGUGAUGAAGGUGUGAAGGCACAGAACGGAAGGAGGGACGAGGUCGAUGUGGAUUCUCCGGUCGAGCCUGAAACUCUCCAAGAUUGUCAACCCGGUGGAGACAAUGAAGAUAUAUGCAAAGGAGGUGAAAAAUCACAGGAGGUAGAACAGACUGAUGAAGAGUUUGCACUAAAAGCAAUAAACGAAGGAGUAAGAGAAGCAAAACCAGAAGAGCCUGAAGGAAACGCAGAGCCUGACAACGCAGACAAACACGAAGCAGCAGAAGUUAGCAAAAGCCAAACGACAAACGACGUGAAGGUAGACAAGUUGCCCAAAGCAAAGCGUCGGAUGAAGCUCCAGAAGCCUCCACUGCUUCCUAAACCUCGAAGUGUUCCCAAAAGAGAAAUAACACUACCGCUCAGCUUCAACCCUGGGACUCCCACAAAUCUGGAGGAUGAGGAGAUGCUAAAUGUCUCAGACUCCUACGAUCCCAGUCGAGUGGAGCGAGUGUAACCCACGACUGUGUCGACCACUGUGGAAAACGUUUCCUGCUUAACCUUUUUUGCCAAGAAAAAAAAAAAAAAAAAAAGUUCCCGCGGCUUAGUCGGAUCGUUACAUAUCAACCCUCAGCGAUCGGACUUUCCUGGUGCUGCGGGAAUAUUUUACAGCCAAAUAAAAAAAAAAAGGUGGUGCCAAUUCUCCGAGUCCUUCCAGCCACCCCCUUCAAAUAUUUCUCUGCUACACCAAGAAAACUGCCUUCCUUUGAAAUAUUCUUUUUUUUUUUUUUUGCUUUUGUUCCAGUGCACGUCAUUAUUCCCGCCGCACUCUGCCUUCUGGCUCGGUGUUGAAUUAUGAAUGUAAAAGCGCUUCUGCUCUUCAAAAGAAAUGUAACAGGUAAAUUGAAAACAAAAAGGCAACAGUAUUGCAUUACAAUCAGUAUUAAUCCUCACCAAAUGUAAAUAUAAGAAAGAAGUAUCAAAAUUUUAUCUAGAUUAUAAAAAUGGAUUUAACAAAUGUAUAUUUUCUUAUCUAUGUUCAGAUUGCUUUCUAAAUAUUUGAGUGUUACACUAAUAAUGGAAGCCUCUAUUCUUUAUUCUUCUACGUGUAUGAUAGCGAAUGUACUCAGAGUCUGGGUUGCAAUGAGAAACACUGUGGUCUUUAAAAAAAUAAAUAAAAAUAGUUUCACUUCAGAGCAAUAUAGUAACGUACUGUAUGUUUCGGUCUCGGUUUCCAAGUAGUACGAUUCAACGAGCUGAUCAUUUAAAUGUCCACGUCAAAGUGUGCAGCUUAUUUGUGUCGUGUACCAAUAAUCUUUUGUUUCGAGCGCAUCACGUUUAGCAUCAGUCACAUAUUGUAAAUCAGAAAUUUGAGUACUACUUUGCCAAUUACCAUCAAGUUUUGUGGGCAGUUUUGCUAUUGGAAGUCAAGCUGUGAUUUCAGAAGUGCUUCUCUGCAGGAAAUAAUAAAUGUCCCGCUAUGUUAAAUGAAAGGUAUGCCUUUGUUCACACUCUUGGUUAACUUGUGUGUAAAAUCAAUUAUUUUAACUCGAGUGAAUAUGGUGAAAGUGUCGGUGAUGAUGUACAGAACAUUGUAAACGUCUUCAAUCAUUGUAUGUUGACAUAUCGGUUCUUAUUUAACAGGUUUCGAGCAGAGCUGACUUUGCUUUUGGGAUAGCAAUAUAAGACAUUUGGCAAUAUACCAAAACCAAACUUUAUGCUAUGCAUUGGACAUCGACAUUUAAUAGGUUUAAUACCAAAAUUUAAAGCUGCAACUACUGGUUUCCUUGUUUUCUCCCCAGUAGAAUCAUUUUGAUUUUACAAGUGUGGAAUUUUAGAAGUCCAUUAUUUUGUUUUAGUCUCGUCAUCCUCGUUAGUCUUUUGUACUGCAAAUGAGUUGUAACAUAUAGACUGAUUGGUGCACAUCUUGCUUUGAUAUUUUCUAUUUUCAUACAGACAAGAUAUGUAUAGCAUCUUUUUUUAAUGUGCGCCAUCUCUAGUUUUAGUAUGCGUGCGCGUGUGUGCGUGUGCAUGAAAUUACAGAGAAGUGUAUUUGCAUAUCCAGUACAUGCAUUUGGUACUAUGGUCUAUAGUCAACCCAAUAAACAACUGUUAUAUUUCAAAUAAUGUAUAUUUUAUUUUCAAAAAGGUAUUCUACAUAUUUAAAGCAGAACGUGUUAUUUUUAGAUUGUGAAAAGGGAACUAAUUAUAAAAGGCACAAUGUUUGUCUACAAUAAAAUAGAUCAUUUAGAAUGAUCGUAAUUAGAGACAAGUGUGUGCUAUUGUACAGUAUUACAGACUAUUCAUAAAUAAAAGUCUUUGCAUGAAAAACA